GCUGUGACAGCGUUGGUGAAGAACUUCCCCAAACCCAUGGUGUCCUCCAUGCAGCAGAUAUUACCCAUCGUAUGGAAUACACUGACAGAAAGUGCAGCUUUUUAUGUGAGAACAGAAGUCAACUACACAGAGGAAGUGGACGAUCCUGUGGACUCAGAUGGCGAGGUUUUGGGUUUCGAGAAUCUGGUGUUCAGCAUCUUUGAGUUUGUCCACACGCUGCUGGAAAACAACAAGUUCAAGAGCACAGUGAAGAAAGCUUUGCCUGAACUCAUCUACUACAUCAUCCUGUACAUGCAGAUCACUGAGGACCAG